ACACUCGCGUACAUUCAUCCAAACUAGGUCCAUCUAUUCUCGAGCAAUUCGAUGAUCCAGACGAGGAGGAGACAGAGAGCGAUGUGAGCUUUAAAGUCAUCGACGUUGCGGCCGAAUCCAUAUCGCUUCCAGCCCAUCCUAACAACGUAAUAUACAAUAAAGUUGCCGAUGCACUCAACGACAUUUGCGCGAAAUCCUAUGACGUGUUGACUAGAAUUCUCGGCACGGGAGACGCUUUCACAACCUACGCCGUUGACUACUCUAACAAUUCGCUUAAAUUGUAUUAUCCCGAAUCUGGCGAGGAUUGCCUCAACAUGGUUUUAGACAUCCUUCGUCGACUGUUCCCGGCCCUUCAAUUCCUAUAUACUCAAUGUCAUUUAUCCACCAAGCACGGUGGAUGGUACGAUUGCCAGUACGGCAGAGAUGUCGGUUCUACCAAAUGGCCAUGCAAUGAGCAUACCAAAGCGUCAACCAAAGCGUCGACCAAAGAGCCGACCAAAGAGUCAACCAAAUGCUCAACCAACUCGCCCCUUCAGUCAUACCUCAGCGACUGCCUUACCGGAUGUCUUCCUCACGAUCUAUCCUCCAUUGGUUGUAGGUCUGUAUGUUCAACAUGUGCAAAAUCUAAACCUGGCAUGCCGUGCUUGACACCCCUGGGUUUCCGUGGUUUCUCUGGUAGCACUAGGACGGGCAGAGACAUAUGUGAAAUUCUGAGAAAAUUCUUCUCCAAUGCGCAUCUCUCAGCACUGAUCUGCUUGGUGCCUAAACCGCCAUCCACUUUACCUGAACAUUUCAGUUAUGCUUUGUCGCUUGUCGAGGGGUUAAAAGAUAGUGUCAGCCAUCCGCUCAGAGACGCGGUCGACUCUGCCAUUACGAAGCAGUCCAUUGAUCUAUAUCGCACCUACACGGAACUCACCGGUGCACUGCGUGAUGCCUAUGGUAGCACUCAGGAAUCCCAUUCGGAAGACAGCCACAGUAUCAAAACAGCCAAUCUAGCGAGUCUAUCGAAGAACACCCGCUGUGAUAAUAAGCUGUGUGCCCCGUACCUCCGUUCCUUGUUCAAUUAUUCAUAUCGUCAUUUACCCAAAAAGCAUAAGGACCUCUAUCUAUCGUGGGCGAUAUACCUUCCAUGGAGCUUCCACAAAUUUCUCAAAUUAUUGCUUGAAGAAUUCAAGCAAAUCUAUUGCAGGGACUGGGGAUGCCGUAGCUGCCAACAUGGCAAUAGUUGUAGACCAGGGCAUCACGGAAGCUUUGACACUCCUUGUCACUGCUCAUCAAUUGUCAGCUGCAAAGGUGUCAUGGCCACUCUGUACAGAUGUGGAUUUGUCUUCGGCGAUGCUGCUAUGUUGAAUGAGGAUGAAAAAUCUAAGACGUGUGCCCAUUUUGGCGUGCUAUUGAGCAGAGUUAUUAGCUCUGACUACUUCAAACAACUAUUCAAAACGUGCGACAAUUUCCUGUGGAAAAUUAGGGAGCCCUUCAUCUGGCUCAAUGUCGCCCUCUGGCUCCUCUCUUUGUUGUACCUCCUCCACAUCAUGGUCAUCCGCCUAGACCUCCUCCACAUCAAAUCUCACUUGCAUAGUCCCUCAUCACAUCGCAUCGCUGCUCAGUCACUACUCGCCGCCGCACGUGUUAACAAACUUAACAAAGUGUUUUACCUGCAACCAUAA